GUGAAAUUGAAGCAGAUUGAUAUGAAUUUCUAGCAAAAUAUGCUCACUAAAUAGUAAUUAUGUUCUAUUUUACUAUGAAAAAAAACUAUCCAAGGAAUAUGUACCAGCAAAAGAGCUUUAUAACAAAGGAAUAUGAAAAUUACUUCUAGAAUUCUCAGUUUUCAGCUGUGCACACCUGUGUCCAAAUCACUUGCAGACCAACAUAGGUGACCAUGAGUGAUUUUCAGGAGUACCCUGAUGUGGUCCAGGAAGUAAGGGGAGCUUUGAACCCAGGGAGGUUGAAAUUCCAGGCCAACAAUAUUGCAUUCCGUAACCAGAAGACAGGGCGACAGGACCAAUUCCAAGGCACCGAUAUUGAUAAGGUUUACUGGUUGAAGAGGGCCAGGGGAUUCUGUCUAAAAGUUCUACUUCAUAAUGGCACCAUACACAGAUUUGAUGGCUUCAAAGAUUCUGAUCAAGAAAAGUUGGGUAGUUUUUUGUCAAAGAACUACGAUUUGAAAUUGGAGACAGUUGACUUGUCUGUGAAAGGAUGGAACUGGGGGCAAGCUAAAUUUGAAGGCAAUGGCUUAAACUUUGUGAUUGACAACAACCUUGCCUUUGAGAUUCCAUUGAACAACGUGUCCCAGUCAACCCCAGCCAAGAAUGAGAUUACCCUUGAGUUUCACCAGAAUGAUGAUGCUGCUGUCUCACUGAUGGAACUGCGCUUUCAUAUUCCCAGUGAUCAGAAUAACCCAGAUGCUGACACAGUUGCUGAGUUCUAUGACCAGGUAAUGAAGAACGCUGACAUUAUCCAGGCUGUUGGAGAUGCUGUCUGUGUGUUCCCAGAGGUGCAGUGCCUCACACCGAGAGGUCGUUAUGACAUCAAGAUGUACACGACAUUCUUACAGCUUCACGGUAAAACAUUCGACUACAAGGUUCCAUACAGUUCUGUUCUAAGACUGUUCCUGCUUCCACAUAAAGAUGGACGCCAAAUAUUCUUUGUUGUGAGCCUGGAUCCUCCCAUCAAGCAGGGUCAGACCCGCUACCACUUCCUCAUCCUGCUCUUCUCCAAGGACGACGAGAUGACCCUUGAAUGUGGCCUGGGAGAUGAGCUAGAGGAAAAGUAUGAAGGCAAGCUUCAGAAGGAGAUGAACGGACUAGAGUACGAGAUUGUCAGCAAGGUUUUCAAGGCAGUCACCACGAGGAAGAUCACAGUACCAGGCAGCUUCCUAGGUCACUCGGGCACUCCAGCCAUCAGCUGCUCCUACAAGGCUGCAACUGGGCUACUCUACCCCCUCGAGAGAGGCUUCAUCUUCGUUCAUAAACCUCCCGUGCACAUCCGUUUCGACGAGCUUGCGGCAGUCAACUUUGCCAGAAGUGCAGGUAGCACUCGGUCAUUUGACUUUGAUGUGGAGACCAACACUGGGAAUGUUUAUACGUUCUCAAAUAUUGAAAAGGAUGAAUAUGGGAAGCUGUUUGAAUUUGCUAAGAACAAGAAUCUGAGAAUGAAGAACAUUGGCAACAAGAAGGCCAGUGGAGACAACCUGUAUGAGGGUCUGGACUCAGAUGAAGACCAGGGCCAGCAUGAUGCCUACCUGGAGAGGAUGAAGGCAGAGGGCAAGGACAGGGACAGCGACGACUUUGAUGAUGAUAGCGACUCCUCAGAUGAGGAUUUCAAGCCUGAGGAUUCAGCCAGUGAUGUUGCAGAGGAGUAUGAUAGUAACCCUCCAACUUCAUCCGAUUCUGAAGAAGAGGAAGACGGCAGUUCAGGCUCCGGAGAUGAGGAGAAGAAAGCUCAGAAGGCGGCAGCCAGGGAGAAGAGGAGGCAGGAGAAACAGGAGCGCAGAGAGAAAGAGAAAAAGUCCAAACCUGUGAAAGAUGAGACGUCUAAGAAGCCCCGCAAAAAGAAGAAGGAAGACAAGGACCCCAACAAGCCAAAGCGGCCACAGACCGCCUACUUCCUGUGGUUCAUGGAGCGGCGGGCACAAAUCAAGGAGGAGAAUCCAGGCUUUUCCGUGGUCGAGAUAUCCAAGAAGGCCGGAGAAUUGUGGGCAGGAAUGUCCGCUGAGGACAAAGAGCCCUUCAAUCAGAAAGCAAAGAAAGCCAAGGAGGAGUAUGAUGUAGUCAUGAAGGAGUACAACCAGAAACUGAAGGAAGAGGGGCCUCCAAAGGCUAGUUCUAGCAAGCCAGCAAAGUCCAAGUCAAGUUCACCCAAGAAGACUGCAUCUGACACGAAAUCUGGGUCUGGUUCUGCAUACAAGAGCAAGGAGUUCAUAUCUGAUGAGGAGUCGUCCUCAAACAGUGACUCUGAUGAUGAUGAUAAGCCUCUGAAGAAGAUGAAGCAAGAGGAGAAAAUGGAGGUAGACGAAGGGUCAGGCUCAGGUUCAGAUGAGGAGGAAGAGAAGCCCACUGGAGUCAAGCGGCGCUCACAGAGGAAGGAGGGGGAGGAGUCAGAUGUUGGAGAGUUGCCUGAUGAGGAGGAGAUCCUGAGUUCCCCUGAGCACUCUGAGCCUGGGUCUGCCGCAGAGUCUGGCAGCGAAAGCGGCUCUGGGUCAGGCUCCGAAUCAGAUUGAGCUAUCUGGCGUAACCUCCCUUGAAUUGGCUUACAACAAAACCUGUUGAAGUUACCUCCCUUGCAUUGAAGCAUAGCGCAAUGUUUGGAUUUCUCUACGUGCAUAGAAAAUCUUUGUAAACUUUUUUCAUUUCACUAUUUGAUAUGUCUUAAAUAGUGCAUUUUGUGUUUAUUAUGAAAAUAUAAGUGCGGUGCCCGUAAAA